AUGACCUGGAAUAUAAUAGGUAAAAAAGAGAAGAAAGAACCACCAAAUACAAGGAAUGCAAGAAGACUUUGUUGGGACUCGAGGGAUGAAUAUUUUAAGUGUUUGGAUUCAAUCAACGUAAUAAAUCCAUUAGAUCCAAAGAACUCUAAAAAGAUACAGACAAGUUGCAAAGAACAAAGUAAUCAGUUCGAUCAGAACUGUGCCACUAGUUGGAUCAAGUAUUUCAAAGAGAAAAGAUUUGUAGAUUAUAAGAGAGAGAGAAUGUUGAAAGAAGUGGAAGAACAACAAGAAUUACGAGAUUCAGAACGAAAGUCCUAA